GAGACGUAUGGCUGCCAGAUGAAUGUCAAUGACACGGAGAUUGCCUGGGCCAUCCUGCAGAAGAAUGGCUACACGAGGACAAAGGAGUUGGAUGAGGCAGAUGUGAUUCUCCUUGUCACCUGUUCUGUGAGGGAGAAGGCAGAGCGGGCUAUCUGGAAUCGCCUGCAGCACCUCAAGGCGCUGAAAGCCCGGCGGCAGCAGGCUCGCCUACCUCUCCGCAUUGGGAUUCUAGGAUGCAUGGCUGAGAGGCUUAAGGAGGAGAUUCUGCACAGGGAGAAGCUAGUCGAUAUUGUGGCAGGCCCUGAUGCGUAUCGUGACCUUCCCCGGCUGCUGGCCGUGGCAGAGUCUGGCCAGCAAGCUGCUAAUGUCCUGCUAUCACUAGAUGAGACUUACGCAGAUAUUCUACCUGUCCAAACUAGUGCAGGUGGCACAACAGCAUUUGUAUCUAUCAUGCGGGGCUGUGACAACAUGUGUAGCUAUUGCAUCGUGCCCUUCACCCGUGGGCGUGAAAGGAGCCGCCCCAUCGCGUCCAUCCUGCAGGAAGUGAGGAUGCUCUCAGAUCAGGGAGUGAAAGAAGUGACCCUUUUGGGUCAGAACGUCAACAGCUUUCGAGACAUGUCUGAAGUGCAGUUUCAAUCAGCUGCCACCCCAGUCCUCAGUCGUGGCUUUAGCACAGUCUACAAAGCUAAACCGGGAGGCUUGCGCUUUGCACAUCUUCUAGACCAGGUUUCUAGAAUUGAUCCAGAAAUGAGGAUCCGUUUCACCUCUCCACACCCCAAGGAUUUUCCUGAUGAGGUCCUGCAGCUUAUCCAGGAGCGACACAACAUCUGCAAACAGCUUCACCUCCCAGCUCAGAGUGGAAGCACACGAGUCCUGGAGGCCAUGCGACGAGGAUACACAAGAGAGGCAUAUUUAGAGCUUGUACACCAUGUGCGUGACUCCAUUCCAGGAGUGAGCUUAAGCAGUGAUUUCAUUGCUGGCUUCUGUGGAGAGACAGAAGAUGAUCACCAGCAGACUGUGUCCUUGCUGCGGGAAGUCCGCUACAAUGUAGGCUUCCUGUUUGCCUACAGCAUGAGACAGAAAACCCGGGCGUAUCACCAGCUGCAAGACAAUGUGCCUGCAGACAUAAAAAAGAGGCGGCUGGAGGAGCUCAUUACCGUCUUUCGAGAGGAGGCUGCAAGGGCAAACGAGGCGAUGGUGGGCCAGUCUCAGCUGGUGCUGGUGGAGGGGCCCAGCAAGCGCUCUGCCUCGGCGUUGUGUGGGAGGAAUGACGGCAACAUCAAGGUGAUCUUUCCUGAUGCUGAGAUAGAGGAUGCUGCGGGCUCCAAGGCUCUGGUCAGAGCCCAGCCAGGGGACUAUGUGUUGGUGAAGGUAACCUCUGCCAGCUCGCAGACCUUGAAGGGAGUUCUGCUCUGUCGUACCACCCUCUCCCGCUCUGCGGCUCAUCGUUGA